AUGGGCGCGGUAACCCUGCAGUCAGCGCCGGGAAACCCCACGCUGCAGCAGCGCUGGGAGGAGAAGCUUGAGCUGGACUCCUCUCCUCACACCACGGGAGAUGAUGCUCUGAUCACUAUACAAGAACAGGGGAAAUUGAUGAGUUUAAUAGGGAUUAAUCCUACCAAGAGAUAGCUUUGUCAGAUAACUGAAGAUGUGGACAAAGAUGGCAAAAUAGUUUUUAAACUGCAGCAGCUUCCUGGUUUGACGGCACUGAGCUUCAAGAGAACCAAGAACCCGGACGGUGAGCUGAAAGCUGCCUUCAAACUGCUUGAAAAGGAUGCCAAUAAAUCUCUUGUCUGGAAAAGACUCAAUGACAUCCAGGCAGACCAGAAAGAAGCAGAUAAAGAUGGUGGAGGAACCAUUGACUAUGAAGCCCACAUCCUGCCCAGCUCACCCACCACAGCCCCGCUGGCACCCUGUGCCACGAUUUCAUGGUCGCUGCCUCAGCAGUCCCCAUACCUGCGGGAGGACGCUCAUGUCGGCCAUGAGGCGCACUAG